CCAUGCAGAGAUGGAGUUUGACUCGUACCAGCACUACUUCUACGACCACGAGGCGGAGGAGGACUCCGACCGCUCCACGGCUCCCAGCGAGGACAUCUGGAAGAAGUUCGAGCUGGUGCCCACGCCGCCCCUCUCGCCCCUGGGCCCCCCGGGGGAGAGAGCCUGGUGCUGCUGUGCGGAGGAGAGGUCGAACUGGCUCUCCCGCUACUGCCUGGCCGGGGAAGAGCCGGAGUAUCUCAUAGACACGGGGGAGAUCUUUGGGAACCUGAGCGCUUUUAUCCUCAAGGACUGCAUGUGGAGCGGCUUUUCGGCCCGGGAGAGACUGGAGAAAGCGAUGACGGAGAAACUUUCCACGGGCACGCAGAGGGUGAACCCCCACAAGCCCUCCUUCGCCCAGGACUUUGGGUUCAACAGCUCGGUGAGCGAAUGCGUGGAUCCUGCCGCCGUCUUCCUUUGCCCC